AUGGAACUUUCUUUAGAGAAACAAUAUGAAAUUGUCUUUUUACGUGAACACCCAGCUGGUUUAAAGUUUAGUUUUGGAUUUAUUGCUAAGCAGGUACGUUGUAGUAAGUCUACAGCUAUUUAUUGGGUUAAAAGAUAUCAUGAAAAUCAGGACCUAAGUACUUCAGAAAGACCGG